GGAGCCUAUAACAGAGAGGAUGGAGUGAGUGUAUGAGUGUUUGUGUGAAAAACAGAGACAACGCCGGCACCUUCAGGAGCUGCUGUCCACUGGUUUGAAACCGCUGGAAAACAAAUACAAGUAUUCCUGCCUGCCAUGUAUCUGCCCUCCCAGAUCCUGAUCUUCCUUGUGAUGCUGCAAUGUGUUGCCACAGUCCCUUACAACAGGUACUCCCUUUCCUCUAACGACAAGCCGGAUGACUCGCAAGAGGUCAAUGGAUGGCUGGUUACAGAUCUAUCUGACAAUCCAUUUGUGAGUUUUACGAGGCCACGGCCUCCAAGGGGCCUCCCAGCAGUGAACAGUCAUUACAUGGAAAAGCGGAAGUGUAACACAGCCACCUGCGUGACUCAGAGAUUAGCAGACUUUCUCGUCCGCUCCAGCAACACCCGUGGCACCGUCUACGCGCCGACCAACGUGGGAGCCAACACUUAUGGGAAGAGAGACUUGCUGCAGUUGCCCAUUUAUCUGCCCCUAUAGUUCAAAUGCAGACACAUUGGAAAAUACAGGCAAAUAAAUGUAAGAUGUAUACUAAUUCUGUUUGUUUAUUUUAUUAUUAUUUAUUAUCAUGAUUAUCCCCCCAAAGUAUAAAAGAGCCAGUGCCUUUUGGUGUGAACAACUGUUUGCAGCAUUUUCAGUUUCGGGGUAAAACCUUGCAUGUCAAUAAGGACGUAUGGUGUUUUGCUACAUGUUAGCAUGAUGGCAUAUGAAUAAAAUAUGUUAUAAAAAUGACACGGAUAGCAAAGAAGAAUGGAGAUUUUGUUUAGAUUUCUUU